AUGACUACUUUCACGCAGGAGCCCCACAAGUUGCUUGUGAUACCCGGACCUAUAGAAGUUACAGAUGAGGUCCUUUAUGCCAAUGCGCACCCUUCCAUGUCCCAUAUGUCGGCCGAUUUCGUUCCAGUUCUCGGCGAUUGCAUCCGCAUGACUAGAGAGGUCCUUUUCACGACCACCGGCCAGCCCUUCAUCAUAGCUGGUUCGGGAACUUUGGGAUGGGAUCAGGUUGCCGCCAACCUAGUGGAAGCUGGUGAAUCAGCACUGGUUCUCAACAGCGGCUACUUUGAAGUGGAUGAAGUUUACGCAGACCUCGGAACUUCAGUUGAUUUGGUCGAGGUUGAGAAGGCGUUAUCUUCCAAGAAGUACAAGAUCCUUACUUUCACCCAUGUCGAUACCUCUACAGCGGUGCUCUCGGAUGCCCAAGCCAUUGCGGCGACAGUGCAGAGAGUGUCCCCCGAUACCCUUGUUGUUAUGGACGGCGUUUGUUCGGUUGCUAGCGAGGAGAUUCGUAUGGACGCGUGGGGAAUCGACAUCGUUUUAACGGCUAGCCAGAAGGGUCUUGGCACUCCUCCCGGAUUGAGUAUCCUUGUAGCUAGCCAGAAGGCGAUCAAGGUAUUUGAAGCCCGCAAGACCCCACCCACGUCGUACUAUGCAAGCUGGAAGAAAUGGCUUCCUGUUAUGCAAGCAUAUGAGAGGGGUUCUGCCGCAUACUUCGCUACACCUCCAGUUAAUUUGGUUUAUGCAUUCCGCACGUCCCUCACGCAGAUUACCAAAGGCCCGCAAUCAUUGGAAGAGCGAUUUGCUCUUCAUCGCAAGGGGAGUCAACGCCUCAGAGACGCCGUUGCCGAGCUGGGACUGAAGCAGCUGCCUACAAGCCCUGCUGUCGCUGCGAACGGGAUGACCGCUAUUUACUUGCCUGAUGGUUAUGCCGCCUCUGACAUCGUUCCACGUAUGUUGAAGAGAAAUGUUGUCGUGGCCGGUGGACUCCACAAGGAUGUCAAAGAUAAGUACUUCCGCAUCGGGCACAUGGGAGUCAGCGUUACGGAUGAGUCGCGUGGAGAUAUAGACAAGAUUAUUUCAGCUCUCAGAGAGUCGUUCGCAGAUGCGGCAGCAAGCAAGAAAGCGUAA